UGCAGGGUUCCGGAGACCGGAUACAGUGAAUGCAGGGUCCGGGGAGACUGGAUAUAGUGAAUGCAGGAUCCGGGAGACCAGAUAUAGGGCAUGCAGGGUCCGGGGAGACCAGAUAUAGGGCAUGCAGGGUCCGGGGAGACCAGAUAUAGGGCAUGCAGGGUGCAGACCAGAUAUAGGGAAUGCAGGGUCCGGGGAGACCAGAUAUAGGGCAUGCAGGGUCCGGGGAGACCAGAUAUAGGGCAUGCAGGGUCCGGGGAGACCAGAUAUAGGGAAUGCAGGGGUCUGGGGAGACCAGAUAUAGUGAAUGCAAGGUCAGGGGAGACCAGAUAUAGGAAUGCAGGGUCCGGGGAG